AUGUCGGUCAAGGGGUCUGAGGCAUGGAGGGCCGAGGACAAAGGGCCAGAGAUGCUAUGGAUCUGUUGGACGAUGGCUGGGUUGACAACAGUUUUCGUCGUGGCGCGAGUCUGGUGUAGGCGGAGGAUCGGGAGGACGUUCUACAGCGAUGACUACUGCUGUAUCCUGUCAUUGGCUUGCAUACUUGCGUCUUGUGCAGCUGCCACCGGUGCCAUCAGCUAUGGCUAUGGCAGGCAUAAGGACGUACUCACAUAUGAGCAGAAGAAGGGUGCCAUCUUCUGGUCACAUGUGGGGUUUGCUCCGGGAAUCAUGUCUUUUGCGAUUCCGAAACUCGCGGUUGUCUCAUUGUUAACGCGGUUAAUGAAUCCAAGGCGAUAUCAUCUGUGGUUCCUCUGGGGUAUCACAAUCCUGUGUUUACUUACACACAUCGUUGUCCCCGGCUUACAUUUCGGUCGCUGCGUUCCCGUCGCUUCAAUCUGGGACGAGCAUGUUCCCGGGCGUUGCUUCAACGCAAACAUCACUGUCGAUUACAGUAUCUACGGAGGAGUACUGUCAGCAUUUGUAGAUGUCUACCUAGCGUUGUAUCCAACAGUGGUGCUAUUCAAACUACAAAUGGCAAUGAAGAGAAAAAUUGCCUUGUCUUGUGCACUUGGAGUCGGUGCUGUUGGUGGUGCUGUGGCAAUUGUCAAGUCCAUACGUCUGCCACAACUCAGGGAAGACGACUUCACCUAUCUCACCUCUGACCUUCAAAUACGAACUGUGGUCGAAGGCAGCACGAUCACCAUUGCGAGCACCAUCCCUGUCCUCCAGCCCUUGCUCGAAUUGAUCCUGCGACGCAACCCCUUCAGCACCGCCAAAAAUACGACCGAAGAGACGCCAAAGUUCUACGAGGACUACGCUUCUCAGAGGGAGUCUCGAGGAGGAAGCAAGAUCGAGCUUGGACAGCGCAAGCCCAGGCCGAAACCUAGGGACGACUUAGGCUUCACAAUCAUGGAGGAUGACAGCCAGGAGAACAUUCUACCCGAGUGCAAGAGGCCAGUCCCGGCGUUCAUGUCAGACAGGCACGAGACGACUCCGCCUCAGUCUGCGGAUGGUGGCAUCGUCCGAACCGACGUUGUCUGCGUCUCGUUCGAGGAUAGGGGUCCACUUGGAGAGAAGCUAGCUUCAAGUAAAUGGGACAUUGUUUGA